UUUCUCACUUCAUUUAUUUUCCCAACUGUAAAUUAAAUUCAACGAGGUUCUCUGUGUCGUUGUUGUUGGCGUCUGUUUUCUUGAGUUCCAUGUUGCAAACCGAUCUUUAUUUUACUUCGCCCUAAUUCGAAUUGUGUGUUGUUUGGAGUCAACGACGCAAAAGAAACGCGUGUUUCUCAGCUUCCACGUGUGUUUGCAAUUUCAAUCUAAAUCAGCACGCAACCGAUUAUUGUUUACUACAUGGACCUCGUUUGGCUUUCGUUUCAAUUUGCGUUGCACAAAGUGAUGUUUCCAUUGAGAAGCCUAGGGUUAUGUGAAUAUACGGCUUUAAUUUGUGUUGAACCUAGUUUUAUUAUGCUUAGUCCUCUUUGAAAUGACAAUCGUUGUAACUAAAUUUGUGCGUUUUCUCUCAUAUUAAAGCAAGUUUAAUUACUGAUGGGUAUAUCUUUUAGACUUACAAUUCUUCUUCAGUUUCAGUCUCUGGGAAGUCUUGGAAGCUAUCUUGUUUGACUUAACCAGUUAUCUUCUUCUUUUUUGUUCCAUGGCAGGGAUACACAAUGAUAGGAUCUUUUAUUACGAGGGAUGGUUUUUGGCUAUGCCUUCCCAGCCUAUGAGUGCUAUAAGGCAGUUGAAAAGAAUAGACCAGAAAUUGAACAGCUUCGCUUUUGGUGCCAGUACUGGAUUUUGGUAGCUGUUUUGACAAUAUGUGAGCGGAUUGGUGAUACUUUUAUUUCUUGGGUCCCAAUGUACAGUGAAGCUAAGUUGGCAUUUUUCAUAUACUUGUGGUACCCGAAAACUAAGGGAACAACAUAUGUGUACGAUUCUUUCUUUAGACCGUAUGUUGCAAAACAUGAACCAGAAAUUGAUCGCAGCUUAUCGGAACUAAGGACAAGGGCAGGAGACAUCGCAGUUUUGUAUUGGCAAAAAGCUGCAAGCUAUGGCCAGACUAGAGUAUUUGACAUUUUGCAGUAUGUUGCUGCCCAAUCAACAACUUCUACACGCCCUACUCAGCAACCAUCAACUGCGAGGGUGCGUCAACCCCCAUCUAGUAAUAGCCAACCAGCGGCUUCAACAGAACCACGAGCUGAAGAUCCAUCUUCUGCUUCUUACACAUCAAGUCAGCUCCAGAAAGAAGUAACAGAGGAACCACAAGUGCCUAAAGCACCCUCCUCUACUGUAGCUGCAGGUUUAAAGAGUCAGAAGUCCAAUUCUAUGCCUGAAAAUACCAACCAAUCCGUACCUGCCGAGGAAGAGUCAAUGGCACCUUCAUCCUCUUCUGCAAAUGAAGAUGAGAACCCUCCCUUGGAAGAUACCAUAAUGGAAGAAAGUAUUAGGGUUACACGAGCUAGACUAAGAAAAAAUCGAUCAGCUGGAAUCCGUUAGGACAUCAAUAGUUUCAACUUUUAGCCUCAAAAACAAUGGUGGGUGUCCAAUUGUACAAUUUUAUGUAAAUCACUUGCCUCAGCUUCAUUCCAUCUAUUGGUUUUUUUUUUUUUUUCUUU